AUGAAAAAAAUGAUACUAGUUAUUGCAUUGAUCUUCAUCACUAAUGCUGACUUAACUUUCAAUACAAAGAAUCGAUGCUCAUGUGGUGAUUUAACAAUAUAUUAGGAUUGUGCAUAUGCAUACCCAGAUUGUUUUUGGGAUUUAAAUAGUAAUACAUGUUCAACUGCAACUUGCUCAAAUAUUACUGAUCAAAUUAGUUGUUCAUAAAAUAAGAAAUGCAUGUGGAAUGGAAAAUCAUGUGUAGAGUUUACACUUUGCAAUUAAUUAUAUGGAUACAACUAAAGAGAAUGCUAUUAAUAAUCAAUUAAUUGUCCAUAAUCCAACGGUAAGACUUGUGCAAGCGCAGAUGCUUUAAAAUCUUGUUCAUCAUAUCAAAAUAUGGAUGAUUGCAAUUUAGUGGCUUCAAAUGAUGGAAUAUGCUAUUGGAGUGCCGGUGGAUGCUCAGUGAUUGCAAGUUGUGAUUAAUUGAGUUCAAAUGAUUGUACAGAUAUUGGAAAGGCCUGUGUGUGGAAUACUACAACGAAAGGUUGUUAAUAAGCAAGCUGUGCUUAAUUUUAAAAUAGCUAAAGAUGUACUUCUUACUUAUCCGAACUUAAUGAAUAAGUUUAUUAAUUAUGUAGAUGGGAUCCUGUCAAUAAUUAGUGUGUUUCUGCUAGUGAUACAUCUUAACUCACAUCAGAAACUUGUUAUUUAUAAACCAAAUAUACUUAUAGAUGGGUAAAUAGUACAAACUCAUGUGAUUCUUGUGAAGGAAAAAUAAUAUACAUAGUAAUCAUGGUUAUUUUUAUGAUUAUGAUAUGAUAUAAGAUAAGAU